UCGACAAAUUGAGCUUCCCUAUCUGCAAAAACCUAAUUUCUCUCAACUCACCUUGAGCUUCCGCCGCGCCGCCUCUUCCUUCAUCGCCUCUUCGUCACUGUCUUCGUCACCGCUUGACUCACCGAGUCACCGACGAAGCUUACUCUCUCUCACUCUCUUUCACCGACUCUGUUUACUCUCUCACCGACACCCCUACUCACCGCUUCCAUCGCCUCUUUCAUCUCAGAGAUUUCACUCGUGAUUUGCAUCACACCUGAAAUUGAACACCAGUUCUUCAAGUCCGACAGAGACAGACACCAUCAGCUUUCAUAUUCAAGACUGUCGGACAAUUUGAGGUGAAGACACAGUUCUCCAAGCUGAACCGCAACGCAGCAUCUUCCGGCGGCAGCCAACGACGAGGAUAUAUUUCUCUACCUCUUUAUCCGCCAGCCGAAUUUUGGAGAAACCGGACUCGACUUCGUCGAACAUUAUAAAGAAUUCCAGCGACCCGACCGGAUUAUCCUGGCCGUCGACGAUUCAACUCCCAGCCCAAUGAAGGAGGCCACGCGCCUUACAUGCUAUUUACCCAUAAUCAUUGUAUUGGCAGCAGAUCUAUGUGUGGGCAUCAGAUUCUCCGCCCAGUUAUCGGAGGGUUCAAUUACAGACACAGCCAAUCAACAACAGCUGCAAACAGCGGUUUUUGCUCUAGGAAGCUUCUGGAGAUCGGAGGCGGUGUUUGGCUGCUUGGAUGGGGUAGUGCGUACGACUGUCGGCUAUGCCGGUGGAUCCAAACCAAUCCCGAGUAUCGGAGCUUAGGUGAUCACGCUGAAUCUGUUCAGAUGGAUGGUCUUCGGAUUCCUAACAAAGACUUGGCUGACCUCACACCUCAUUUUGUUUGGUCCAAGGCUGAAAUGUUGCAGCUGAUGAAGCAGAUGACGAAGGGUAGAAAAGAUAAUCUUUUCCUUCGAAAACAUUGCCGGCAUAUGAUGUUGGCUCAACCAGCCCAAUAUGUUAUGGAAGCAGGGAAUAAGAGGCUCUCUGUUUAAUAGGAUAAAGAGGUAUCUGACCAUUCGGAUGUAGAUAGGAAGUUCAGAUGCACAAAAACUCUCAUCUAUUCGGAGAAAGAUUAUGGGGAGGAGGUUCGGGAGAAUCAACAAGGACUUCUACAGCCACCAAACAUCCUACAAAGAGGCACUGCGUAGGAAAAAGGAAAGGAAUAUUUUUGUUGUGAAGCCACACGAGGUCUCGUACAACAGGCAAUUUGCUCUACUGUCGGGCUUUAACAACAUUGCUACUGGACAGAUAUACAAAAUAGAAGUUUGGUCUCAUGAGCAUAUGUGGUUCUUGAGCAGAUUCAAGAAAUCAGGAUUAGUGAAUGCAAAAGUAUAUAUAAUUCCUGAUCCGACUGAGAGGCAUUAUAUCACUUAUUUUGAUCCUGAAUCAUUGGCUCGAAAGAUACACGACAUGGGGUUCUUGGUUGUAUCCGAUGACUGGCACUUGUAUGGCCUUGAUACUCGUCUGCUAUAUGAGGAUCUCCAUGCAUUUGGGGAACCAUUGUCCCACUCCGUUUACUUCAAUGGCACUCCAAAAUAUAAAAAAUGGUAAAGAAUCACCCCUCCUCUCUCUCAUCUCAGUUGGCACAAGGAGUGGAUAGAGUAUGCUGACCUGAAAAAACAGGCUUACAAUUUUUGUAGAUAUUUUGAGAUACAGGCCUACAAAUUUUGUAGAUUUUUCCAUCUUGAAAAAACAGGCUAGUUUCUGGCGAAGUUCUUACUGCUUAGCCUACUGCACUGUCCAGAAGCCAAGAAGAGUUUACAUUAAGGAAGAUGAAAACGUUAACAAUGUUUCAUCGGAACACGUGAACAUGUAUUUUACUGUAUAGGCAUUCAAGUUAAACAUUCAGUUCUGUCAAAUUUUUCAGGUUAUUGAGUUCCAUUGGCAA